ACACAUUGAGUGCUGAAAGUCUGCUUGGAGUUCGACUUUGAAUCCCAUCAUCGGCCGUGCUUCUCUCUAUCUGUGGCUAGACGGCCGCAGUCAGACGCAACGAUGGCCGAGGAUUUGACGCAACAGGUACUACAGGUCCUUGCUUCCGCAGACGGUCCAGUCCUCACCUCCGAGGCCUUUCCUGGUGCCAGUUUCGUGACAGUCAAGUCGGCGGUCGACAGAUUGAGGUCGCGAGAGUUCAUACAGGCCGAGCAGAUCGACACCCUUCAACUCGUCUUGACCAAAGAAGGCGAGGAUAUUGCAGAGAAGGGGAGCAAUGGCGCAAGAGUCUUCGAGGCUGUGCGAGCGGCGCUGGAAGGAUUGAAGCUAAAAGAUCUACCUGCUGCCGUCGGUGACGCCAAUGUCGCAAAAUUCGGCUCAGGAGAUGCCUUCAAGCAGAAAUGGGUCAAGAAAGAAGGGGACACUCUCAAAGCAAUAACAGAUAACAUUGAAGAUGAAGUCCAGCAGCAGUUACAACAUAUUCGGUCUACAAAAUCGUUGGACAAACCGAAGGUCGUGGCAGACUUCAAGAAGAGGAAAUACGUGGUCGACCAAAAGACUGUGACCUUCAAAAUCUCAAAAGGACCCAAGUUUUCGACGGAGUUUGUGAAGGAGGAAACGGAUCUUACUGCUGAGAUGCUGGCAUCCGGCGCUUGGAAGACUGUUCAGCUUAAGCCAUACAACUUCAAAGCGAAGGGUGCGCCUACACCGGCGGGUGCCCUUCAUCCACUCAACAAGGUGCGACAAGAGUUCCGAGAAAUCUUCUUUGAAAUGGGUUUCGAGGAAAUGCCCACGAAUCGAUAUGUCGAGACUGGUUUCUGGAACUUCGACGCCCUCUUCGUCCCUCAGCAACAUCCCGCCCGUGACCUUCAAGAUACCUUCUAUAUCUCAGACCCCGCGAAAGCCGACCCUCCACGAGAGGAUCCUAUUCCUCCAACGCCUGGCUCAAAAGAGCUGCCAGCAACCCACAAACGAACAAAGUCGAAGUCGAAAGAGAAGACGCUGGACUACAAGCAAUACUGGGAUGACGUGCAAGCAGUGCACCAAGAUGGGAAAUUCGGCUCGAUAGGUUACAGAUAUCCUUGGUCAGCGGAGGAGUCACUUCGCCUGGUACUCCGAACGCACACGACAGCCAUUUCGACGUACAUGCUACACAAGCUGGCACUGGACCCGAAACCCGCUCGAUAUUUCUCAAUCGACCGUGUCUUCCGGAACGAAACUGUCGAUCAGACCCAUCUUGCAGAGUUCCACCAAGUGGAAGGUGUCAUUGCCGACUGGGGACUUACCCUCGGUGGUCUGAUCGGUUUCAUGGAAGUCUUCUUCGGCAAGAUGGGCAUCAGAAACCUGAGAUUCAAGCCUGCGUACAAUCCGUACACGGAGCCCAGCAUGGAGAUCUUCAGUUACCAUGAAGGACUGAAGAAGUGGGUAGAAAUUGGAAACAGUGGUAUGUUCCGACCGGAAAUGCUGGAACCAAUGGGUCUGCCCAAGGAUAUGCGGAUAUACGGUUGGGGAUUGAGUCUGGAGAGACCGACGAUGAUCAAGUACGGUGUCAACAAUAUCCGUGAGCUUCUUGGCCACAAGGUUGAUCUCAACUUUAUUGAGACGAAUCCUGCUGUACGACUCGACAAGGAUUAGAUUUCUUGUGGCGAGAGUGCCAUGAAAGAUGAAGAACAAAACGUUUGCAUGCAAAAGCCAAUGAAGAAGCAGAAGAAGCUGAUGAGAAGGUUGUUAGAAAGACAAAGACAAAAAGAAGGCUAGACAUGAUACCCAUUUGGCUUCUGACCUAGCACGAUGUUCAGGGGAGGCCACCUCCAUUCCGUCAAUUUGCCUUGGUGUCCAUCAUUUCGCGAGCGAUUUGUUUUACGUUGUUGGAUCUAAACUACGACCGGCGCAUCAAGGCUUCCUCAGACCAAUAUUCCAUGACUGGGGAAGUAGACAAAGAACAUCGUACAUAACAAAGCCGAAUAUCGAGACACGAGCCGCCUUCUGAAGAGCUGUGAUCAUUCCGAGGUCAAGAGUCAGAGCACAGAUACGGGCGGCACAAUUUAUAAGUCCUAGCGAAGCAGCAUGGGACAGCAAUCGGGAAGUUUUGUGCCAUUGGGAUUGUCCUUUUUCAUUUUUCCAGCCCGAGAUGGACUUCCUUUCUCGCUUCUGGGGCAAUGUCUAAGUUCUCCAUCCUUGAAGCCCGAGCAUCACCCUUGCAGGCGACCAUGCUGCAAGACACUUAUGAUGUCGCAAUAAUAGCAUGCGUUCCAUCGACC